AUGGGAAGGGCCGACCUCGAAAAAGGGCGCCUGACCGUCGAGGGUUGGUACGACUUCCAUAUCUGGGGAGCUAGAAACCAAUGUAUCGCCGUUAAAAAGGUAAUGAGCCGCCCACCACUUUUUGCACGGUGCACAAAAAAGUUAAAAGUAAAAGGCGUGGAUUAA